UAAAAGAGGUUAAGUUUUUAAUAUAGCAAAUUUGUUCUGAAUUCAUUAUUAAAGUAUUUUUAAUAUAAAUUUCACAAACAUGAUUUUACCAUGUACAUUAAACAUGUUUAAAAGAACUUUUACAGCUCUUCGAUACCCAAUACAAUAUAACUGCGUUAAUAAAAGUGGUGUUGUGAAUUAUAGUUCAAAAGUAACUAAAACUAUACAUGAUACUAAUACAAGAGUUGCAAAGGAUGUAAUAUUAUUUAAGUAUGAAAAUCCCAAAUAUUUUAUGUACAUGAAUACCUUCGCUAUUGUUCAAUAUGUGUUUUGGACUUAUUUAGGUGUAUUUUCACUAAAUAAUCUUAAAGAUGCUCCUGUUGACACUGCGAAGAUAGAUGAGUCUACUCCGUGGUUUAGAAAAAUCAAUCUUGGUGAAAAUAAGUAUAAGAAUACAUUAGGAACAGUUGCACUACUAAUUGGCACUGGAUCUCUAACUGUAAUUUGGAUGUACACACUGCGGUCUGUGAGAUAUCUCAUACUCAAUAAAGGAGGACAACACUUAACAUUUGUCACCUACACUCCGCUUGGUAAAAAUAGAAUAAUGAAAGUACCAAUAGAGAAUGUGUGUUGUAAGGAAGAUAGGAAAUUAGCUAAAAUACAGCUGCCGCUUAAAGUUAAGAAUAAAGUUAUGCAUUAUAUGAUUGAUAUGCGAGGGGAGUUUAAGAACCCUUUGCUGUUUGAUUCUACCGCAGGCUUGGCUAGAAAGUGGUGAACAUUUUAAUGAAUUGACUGAUAUUGUGAGAUUUGUAUUUUGCAUAAUAUUAAAUGUAGUUCGAAAAAUGGAGUUUGUUGUUUUUGAGUUUCGUAAAAUGAAUUUGAGGUGCUUAUAAGUUUUGACCUUUUAUCUCGAUCAAGAUUUUAGAAUGGUAUUGAAUAUGGUUGAAUGUUUCUAUCCAAAGGAAAAACAUAGGUACAUAUUUGUUUUUAGUUAAGUCUGUAAAUAAAUGAAUUGUUAA